AUGCAUCGCCACCUUUCCAUUUUCACCCACAAACUUCUCAAAAAUUCCAAUUCUAUCCUCAACACCACCACCAAGCACACCACCACCACCAAGCACACCACCACCUUCUUCCCCUGCUCCCAUUUCAACCCCUCAAAUCCUAGGGCCGGUGGGUUCGCCUUUUUUCGCUUUCUUUCAUACUCUCCGGUGAGCCGGCGGCCACCUGAUCCUGAAGACCCCUCCAACUUGAUCAAAGAUGAUGGGGUUUCGGUUAUAUCCCAAAUGUGGAUUGAGAAUUUUCGAGAACCUGAUAGGAUUGCCACCAAUUUGUCCUCUUAUCUUCGGCGGUUGGAGUUGUGGGUAUUGGCGUACCAGAAGGUUUGUGCUGAUGAGAUGGGUGCGUAUAUGCCCCGCAGUGCAAUACAGAGGGCAGCUCUUGAGGACUUGUUAGCACUUCGUAAUGCUGUUCUUGACAGUAGGUUUAGGUGGGGGGCUAGACUAGAAUUCUAUAUAAAAUCACCCAAGGAUAAGAUCGAUUACCAGUCGUUGUCAAAGAGGAAAAUUAAGGCCAUCUUGACGACCACACAGCCAACCCCAUUUCAAGAUAGGUUAGUUCAGGAAGUGCUGCUUAUGAUUUUGGAGCCGAUAUAUGAGUCUCGGUUCUCGCAAAAGUCAUUUGCGUUUAGGCCUGGGAGAACUGCACAUACUGCAUUGAGGGUGAUUAGGAGGAGUUUCGCAGGGUACUUGUGGUAUAUAAAGGGCGAUUUGAGUACCAUCUUGGAUGGGACGAAGGUGGGGUUGGUGAUAAAUGCUUUGAUCAGGGAUGUGAGGGAUAAGAAGGUGAUUGAUUUGUUGAAGGCGGCCUUGGUUACACCGGUGAUCACAACAAAGGAUGAUGGGGUGGAGAAAAAGAAAAAGAAGAGGAAAUAUCAGAAGAAGAGGGUCUUGGCAGAGGAUGAACCCAAGCCAGACCCAUAUUGGUUGGAGACCUUUUUUGGGUUUGCACCUGAGGAGGCAGAGAAGCUUCCUUCUUGGGGUCAUUGUGGGAUACUUAGUCCCCUUUUGGCUAAUGUUUGUCUAGAUGAGUUGGACCGCUGGAUGGAGGGGAAGAUCAAGGACUUUUAUCAUCCGUCAAAGAGUGAUGUCAUAUGGAAUAGCCCGGAAGGUGAAGCAGAACAGGGAAAUACAUCUUGGCCUGAAUUUGUGCCAACAAGUGGCCCAGAUAAGACCAGAAAGAUGGAUUACAUACGAUAUGGUGGUCAUAUUUUGAUUGGUGUCCGAGGACCUCGAGCAGAUGCCGCUACAUUGAGAAAACAGUUGAUUGAGUUUUGUGAUCAGAAGUAUAUGCUCAAGCUUGAUAAUGAGAGCCUCCCUAUAGAACACAUAACAAAGGGUAUAAUGUUUCUAGAUCAUGUGUUGUGUCGCAGAGUUGUGUACCCAACGCUUCGUUACACUGCUACUGGUGGGAAAAUCAUUAGUGAGAAGGGCGUAGGCACUCUUUUGUCAGUUACAGCAAGCUUGAAACAGUGCAUCAAGCAAUUUAGGAAGUUGAGCUUUCUGAAGGGGGAUAGGGAUCCAGACCCACAGCCUUGUUUCAGAAUGUUUCAUGCCACCCAAGCUCAUACUAAUGCACAAAUGAACAAGUUUCUGUCCACAAUGGUUGAGUGGUAUAAGUAUGCAGAUAAUCGGAAAAAAAUUGUGAACUUUUGCUCUUACAUAUUAAGGGGCUCACUUGCAAAGCUCUAUGCAGCAAAAUACAAGCUCCGUUCACGUGCAAAGGUGUACAAGAUAGGUUCUAGGAAUUUGAGUCGUCCUUUGAAGGAGAAGAAGGGGCAGUCAUCUGAGUACCAUAAUUUGUUGAGGAUGGGUCUUGUUGAGUCAAUUGAUGGGCUUCAGUAUACCAGGAUGUCUCUUGUACCUGAGACUGAUUACAGCCCUUUCCCAAAUAACUGGAGACCCGAUCAUGAGAAGGCAUUGCUCGAAUAUAUAAGGCUUGAUGAUCCAAAAACUAUAGAGGAGCAGCGUAGUUGCAUCAUGGAUCAAGGUCUUGUUUCGCCUCAGGAUUACAUUUCAAUGCUUGUUUGGAACUACAAAAGGAAUGCUGUCAUGAUGGAUCAACUUUCCUUUGUCAAUAGUGGUAGCAUUAAUACUGAAAGAGAUCAAUUAUUGCUGCUGGGGUCGAACCAGGAUAAACUUGAGCACAGGACUAAAGAAGAAGAGGAAAAAUGGUGA